GUCUGUGGACGCUAGCAGGCAGGCCGUUGGAGUUGUGUGCUCUUUUAAUUUCACUGUUUGGUUGUCAGGCCUCCUUGCUUUAUUCCGUAGACGAAAUAUGUUGAAGUAGCCACAAAUAUUUAUAACAGCAGUUGCAAGUUCCAAUUAGACGUGCAUGUUUUAUAACAUGCAGAUGGGAAAAAAGUUAAAAGGUCGAGGAAAACACUAGACGGCGUGAGGAGAUAGGCUGUUAGCAUCCAGCUAGCUAGCUCCGACUCGAUUAGCCAUGUCGGACACUCGGCGGCGUGUUAAAGUGUACACCCUGAACGAAGACAGACAAUGGGACGAUCGAGGCACCGGACACGUCUCGUCUACAUUCGUGGAGCGACUAAAAGGGAUUUCACUCUUAGUUCGAGCUGAAUCGGACGGAUCGUUGCUGUUGGAGUCGAAGAUAAGUCCAAAUACCGCAUAUCAGAAACAACAGGACACACUGAUUGUCUGGUCUGAAGCAGAUAAUUAUGAUCUUGCCUUAAGUUUCCAGGAAAAGGCUGGUUGUGAUGAGAUUUGGGAGAAAAUUUGUCAGGUUCAAGGUAAGGACCCUGCUCUGGACAUCACCCAGGACCCAAUUGAUGAGUCAGAGGAAGACCACUUUGAGGAGAUCCCGGAGACAACGCAUCUGGUUGAGCUGCCUCCUUGUGAGUUAAGUCGACUGGAGGAAAUAGCUGAUCUGGUUACCUCUGUCUUGUCGUCGCCUAUCCGAAGAGAAAAACUUGCCCUGGCACUGAUGAGUGAGGGCUACAUCAAGAAACUGCUGGGUCUCUUCAGAGUAUGUGAGGAUCUGGAGAACAGAGAAGGUCUGCAUCACCUCUAUGAGAUUGUGCGAGGUGUCUUGUUCCUCAACAAAGCAGCUCUCUUUGAGAUUAUGUUCUCCGACGACUGUAUCAUGGAUGUAGUGGGUUGCCUUGAGUACGACCCGGCCCUGGUUCAGCCUAAACGACACAGGGAAUUCUUGACCAAGACGGCAAAGUUUAAGGAGGUGAUCCCUAUCACAGACUCUGAGCUGCGGCAGAAAAUCCACCAGACGUACCGUGUUCAGUACAUCCAGGACAUAAUCCUGCCCACACCAUCCGUCUUUGAGGAAAACUUCCUAUCCACACUCACGUCCUUCAUCUACUUCAACAAAGUGGAAAUAGUCAGUAUGUUGCAGGAGGAUGAGAAGUUCCUGACGGAGGUCUUUGCACAGCUCACAGACGAAGCCACAGACAGUAAAAGAAGGGAGCUAGUAAACUUUGUCAAGGAAUUUUGUGCUUUUUCCCAAACGCUGCAGCCACAAAACAGGGACGCUUUCUACAAAACGUUGGCAAAUCUGGGAAUUUUACCUGCUCUUGAAAUAGUCAUGGGAAUGGACGACCUGCAGGUGAGAGCAGCAGCUAUCGACAUCUUUUCUUACCUGGUGGAAUUCAGCCCCUCCAUGGUUCGAGAGUUUGUCAUGCAGGAACAGCAGCAAACUGAAGACGAUGUUCUGCUGAUAAACGUCGUGAUCAAGCAGAUGAUUUGUGACUCCGAUCCAGAGUUGGGGGGGGCUGUCCAACUGAUGGGUCUGCUCAGGACUCUCAUCGACCCAGAGAACAUGUUGGCUUCCUCUAAUAAAACGGAGAAGACUGAAUUCCUGAGUUUCUUCUACAAGUACUGCAUGCAUGUCCUCACAGCUCCUCUGCUGGCCAACACUGCACACGACAAGAUCUCAAAAGAUCAACCGGAGGAAUCCACAAAAAUCAACCCUGUCUGUCCAGACAACUUCCAGACAGCUCAGCUGUUGGCGCUGAUCCUGGAGCUUCUAACGUUUUGUGUAGAGCACCACACCUACCACAUCAAGACCUACAUCAUGAACAAAGACCUGCUCAGGAGAGUUCUGGUGCUCAUGAACUCAAAGCACACGUUUCUCGCUCUUUGCGCCCUGCGUUUCAUGCGCAGAAUCAUCGGGCUGAAAGACGAGUACUACAACCGCUACAUUAUCAAAGGGAACCUGUUUGAGCCAGUCAUUAACGCGCUGCUGGACAACGGCACCAGAUACAACCUUCUCAACUCGGCCAUCACUGAGCUCUUUGAGUUUAUUAAAGUGGAGGACAUCAAAUCCCUCAUAGCUCACAUUGUGGAUAACUUCUACAAAGCACUUGAAUCCAUCGAGUAUGUUCAGACCUUCAAGGGGCUGAAAGGUCGAUAUGAGCAGGAAAAAGACCGCCAGAGCCAGAAACUCAACAGAUAUCGCAGAGAUGCACGAUCCUUGGACGAGGAUGAGGAGUUAUGGUUUAAUGAUGAUGAUGAUGAUGAAGAUGGCGAGGCAGUGGAGAGGAGGAUGGAGGAUGAUUUCCCUGAUAGCUAUGAGAAGUACAUAGAAGCCAAAAAAGGAGCUGCCAACGGAGCUAAUGGUGCCAACGGCAGCAAGUCUGCCACGAUCCCGCCUGCCUCUCCAGCACCCCCCCCGAACAACAGCUCCUCUUCCUCUGUCAAAACAGUUGCUCUUCCUGUGACGCCGGUCGUAAAGACUGCUCUUGUUGGUUUGGUGGACUACCCUGAUGAUGAGGAUGAAGAGGAGGAAGACGAGGAGGAAGAGCAAGCUCCACGAAAGCGACCCCGUCUGAGCUCUUAGACUAAUGUCCUCUUAUGUUUGGACUCAGUGGACAGACGAUCAGUCCCCCUCUUCUGGUUGUCUCAUUGGUCCACAGCCUGUCUGGACCGCCUCCCAGUCUCACCGAGGAGAUGCGUGAAGAUGAACUCUGCUCUUUGCUCCUUCUGAGAAAGGCGGUGGUGAACUUCUCUGGAAAUCAGUCUAUUUUUCAGGCUGUUGAUUUAUUUGUAUUGUUUUUUUUUUUUUGUUUUUUUUUUUUUACACAGCUGAUUCCCUAAGAUCCCUGAAUCUUUUCUUUCUUGAUCAGAGAAUUUCCUUCCUGGUAAUCUCAGUUCCAAGGUGAUUUUCUUUUUUAAUCUCACCAUAUUGUUGCAACAGUAACAAUAAAUUAGUGGCGCAGCAGCGGCCUGCUACAUCCUUUUUCCAAACUGAGCCAACGAGCACCAGAGGCAGAGGACUCCAAAACACGACCAGCCAGUGUAGAAACUGUUCAGCUGGCCAUUCAGGCUAGCGGGACUAGCCGUCAAGGCGAUGAACACCUUGACUGGCUGAAGCUGCUCUGGGUGUGUUCUACCCCAGCAGAGUUGGAAGGAUCUAGAAAACAGAAGUAUAAAUAUAAAGAGAAGGGAGGUGACAAAACAAACCUGGAUGAACUGAGCUGUAACGAUGCUUAGACCGAGUAGAGCAGGACUCAAUCCUUUAAAGCCAUGGCAUCCGCUUGGCCACGGCACACAAAGUCUCACAGGAUUGUGUACGCCACAAGUCUUGUAUUUAAAGAGUUUGUUAAAGUAUUGUACAUAGUUUUUCCCCUUUUUAAUUAUUUUUCACUUGUGGUUCUGAAAAGAGGAGAGUGCCUGCCUGUUAUUGGAGUUUUUUGUCAAAAGAAAGGUUGGGCGCUCUUUCACUCAGUCCAGUUCAUUCGAUUCUGUGUAACAUGGCGAAAAAGGUUGCAAAUGCUGGUUUUAACAAUGAAACGACUGCAGUAAAGUCACUUUUGCAGCUAACAUUUUGAGGAUGUCUGGAGUUUUGUAUUUUAGUCAAUUUAAGAAUUUAGUGUUAUGAUUUACACCCGAUGACAGCUCAUUUAGUUUUAACAGGGCGGUAGAGACAAGCUGUUGUGCUUUAAGUAGAUUUAGAGCCCACUUUAGUCCCAGGAGGUCACGUCGCUCUGCUCUCAGACAGAUCUCAGGUUUAGUUUAAUUUCCAACCUCGUCCGUGCACUGUAACGUCAUCAGCUCAGUUUGAAGGUUCCAUCAUCUCCACACCGCGGUGAGUUUAGUUCUGUAGAACGUGUCUGCAGCUCAAAAGAAGCUGAAGGAAAACUUGUGAAAAAUGAAAGAAUGGGUGAGCUGUUUUUAUUAGUUGUGAUUAAAAAAUGAUUUGGUGCUGCAGUUGAGGUGGUGCAAAUUUUCUGUGUUGUCAAAACAGCAGGAUGUUUUUCUUUGUCCUGAGCUCACCAAAAACACACAAAAUCAGAUGAAGGGAUUCAAAACUAAAUUCCAGUUCGCACUUAAGGCAGUAGAGUUGGAGCACAAGUAAAGUUGUUGCCAACGCUGAGCGGUGGAAUGUCAUUUCCUGUCUGUCGGCAUCACCCAACGACUGUUUCUGCUCUCUGAAUUUGUACCAAGUGCAUUUACUACCACUAUCCAUAUUCUUAACAUUUGUAUGAUUUUAUUAAGUUUUGAAAUUAAAUGUGACCCUGACAUUGA